AUGGAGCAGCUGCAAAGACCCAGAAAAGCUUUUGUUUCCUCAUUCUCGGCCAGUGACACUGCCAUGAUUGAUUCCCUUAUGCAUCAGCUUUCUGGAGAGUUUUCAAUUAAAGAUAUUGGCCCUCUAUACUUUUUUCUGGGCAUUGAGGUGGUUAAGAAUUCUCGUGGAAUUGUCCUGACCCAGUCUCGGUACAUUUGUGAUUUAUUGAAGCGCACAGGAAUGGUUGACUGCAAAUCGAUCAAGACACCUAUGGCCACUACAGGUAAACCAUCUGAUUCAGGGGGUGCUCUUAUGUCUGACCCUACUAAAUAUUGGUCUGUUGUUAGAGCUCUACAAUAUGUGACACUCGGCCCGAUGUCAGUUUCUCAGUCAACAGGGCAUGCCUUCUCCGAUGCUGAUUGGGCCGGUAACAGUGCAGACCGCAAGUCCACAGGUGGAUUUGCUAUUUUCCUUGGGCCCAACCUGAUUUCUUGGACCUCCAGAAAUCAAAGAACUGUGGCACGCUCUAGCACAGAGGCCGAGUACAAGGCCCUGGUUGAUGCGUCGGCCGAACUUAUCUGGUUGGAGUCCCUUAUGCGUGAGCUUGGUUACCCAUUGGCUGGCCAGUAUGAGAAGUGCGAGACUGCCAAGUCCAUGUGGGACUUGGUAAGGCUCGACUAUGGCGGUAUAUCCAUGACCAAACUUAGGUCCAUGACCAAAUUUAGGUCCAUGACCUUGAAGUUUGAGAUGUACCGUAAGGACCCCAAACACACUAUGGUUGAAUACCUUAGGGUCAUAAAAGACAUGAUCCAACAAUUAGAUGAUACUGGGAAACACCUUACCGAUGAGCAGCAAGUACAGGCUAUCAUCAGGACGUUGCUUGAUUUCUGGGGGCAGAUAAAGAUAGUUCUGACACAUAACGAUACUGUCAAAACAUUUAAUGACAUUGCCGCUCAUGUGGAAUAA